CAUCUGUUGCUAUUGCAGUAUGACUUGCCAACAGCAUAAUGAUAUCUAACAGCUAUGUGUUCGCGUGGCAAGGAAUCAAUAACAAAUGACACCAUGUAAAAUCUAUUCUAAAACCUCUCCAUUUUCUAACUUUCCACGUGGUUAAUUCCAGUUCACGUCAUUUGUUCAUUUUUUCACUCCACCUUCAAAACAAACAUGGAAUGCUAACAGUUUCUUGGCUAACAUUUUGUGGAUAACUUUACCUUUGGAGAAGAUUGUUCUUAUUCAUAGCCAGAAUAUAUCAUGGACUGAUAUAGGAAACAUAAACUACAAUUAUAAAGGAAAAACAGAAGAGAUACGAAUAGAGAGAAAUUAACAAAGAAGUAGAAAAUAGAAGAGAAUAAGCCUGAAAAUACAAGCUUUGAAUAUUAUUAAAAAAAAUUGAAAAGGAAAAAAAAUUAUACUGGUUCUUCCUGGAAGUAAUUUUCUAUCAUUCCAAAAUUUAUAAAAAGUGGUAUGUCCAUAGCCAUUUUCACCCUUUGCAUUCAAUGUUAACUGUAUUUUUGAUGGAAGAAAAACUUUAAAAGAUAUUUCCCUGUAUGUAUGUACUUGUGUGUGUGUGUAUACAUAAAUAAGCAUUUCUUUUUAUGAAUUUCAUUUUUUUAUAUGACUUAACUACUGUGAUUGUUUGAGAAAGAAUUCAAAAGUAGAAAAAGGAUAAAAUAUAAUACAAAUAAUCUUUAAAAUUUUCAAGAUGAUCAAAUAUUCUCAAAGCAAUUAUUUAAAUAUAAAUAUGUUUCAUUUAAUUGUGGCCACUUUUGUGUUGAUGUCAUCAGCAGUUAUUUAUGCAGAACAAAUCUCACUGACAAUUGAAUUAAAUGAUAAUGAUCAUUGGUGCUUUAUGCAUGAGUUUGAAAAAUCUGAACCUUAUAUGUUUACUUACAAAGUAAUCAAAGGUGGUAAUAAGGACAUUGAUGUUUCAUUAAUCUCACCAAAUGGUCGAAUCAUCUAUAAAGAAAUGCGUCGACAGGAAGAUCGCUUGAAAAUCAACAGCUCCUCUGGAGUUUAUAAAUUUUGUUUUAGUAAUGAAUUUUCUAGCUUAACACAUAAAAUUGUUUUCUUUAGUAUUCAAGCUGAAGAAAUUGAUAAUUUGGCUGUUGAAAUGGGCCAGAAAAAACCGUCAGCACCAACCUCAGCUGAAUCUUCUUGCAACAUUGUUCAUGAAAGCAUGACCAAAGUAGUUAACCAUCAAAAGAGUUACAGACUACGUGAAGCAGUCGGGCGUCACACAGCCGAAAUCUUGAACACUCAUGUUUUAUUGUGGUCACUUGGUCUGACCUCCAUUAUAUGUAUAGCUAGCAUUGGUCAAGUUUUGAUUUUGAAAACUUUUUUUACAGAAAAGUUAACUUCCUUAAAACCAGGGGACAAUCCUCAGUUUGGCUUUCCUCGACAUUGAAAAGCUUAGCUUUGUUCUUUCCUUCUUUCUUUCUUCUUGUUUUUCUUUACAAUUAUUUUAAUAUUUAGAUGAAGGAGGAAAUAAUGAAGAUACUCAGUAAGAAAACACACUUGACUGGUAAGAUGUUGACAUGUAGUGAACAUGGGAUACACAGACUGGAAGUUCAUACACAAUUUAUCAAGUAAUGCAUUGAAUUCGUCAACAGACCCUUUAGCCCUUACUUCUUACUUACCUUGUAGGAAAUCCUGUAUCAGUGUAAAUGGAAAGUUGUCUGGAUGAAAUGUCACUCAAGACAGAUAUUGAUGAGUUUUAAGUUUUGUCUCUGCUUUAUAUCAAUACAGAAUAGAAAAAAAACAAAAACAAAAUCAAUGUUGAGUAAACAACCCAAUGAAUGGCUGUAAAUUGUGAAAGGAUCUCCACUGUUUGGUUGGUAUAUAUGAUGUUAAUCUAAAUAUUAUGUCUGUUUCAAGCUGAAACAACACCUCAACAUGAAUAGCCAUGUAACAAAGUUUUGAGUAAACAAAAAAAAAACAUUAAAUAGAACAAAACCAGAAUUUUAAUUCUUUUUUUGUAAUUUUUUAACAUAUAUUACAAUAAUUUCUUCUUAACAGUUCCUAAUUUGAGUAAUGGCUUAUGACCUGAGUGUUUCAACUUGGUAGAAAUUGUAGAAUGCUUUGCCAUGCUUAAUCUCCCUCAGUCAUUCCCAGCUCAUUUGUCUUUCCUUCUCUCAUUACCCAUAUUGAGUCUACCCACCACCCAUUUCCCAACCUAGCACUCAUCUCUAUGUUGAGUGCUUUCUCUCAGAAAAUCACCUCUCAGGAAUUUCCCCAUUCCUCAUGGAAUUCCUGCAGCUAUCAACUUGUUAUUCACAAGGAACUGUGUCAAUUUCACCAUCUUCAGGGGUGGAAGGUCUGCAAUGAACAUAGGCAUAACCCUUUUCUAUAGACAAAACCUUUAAAAAACACUUUACACUUUACUUGAAAAAAAUCUCUUAAAAACUCAUUAAUUACAUUAUUUUGUCUCUUACUGAUGACAUUUAUAUAUUCAAUUAACUACUGACAUUUAUAAUGCAUCAUAAUGAAGGGGGUUAUAGAAUAAAUACAAAUAAUAUAUUGUGCAAAUUCCAUUCUGUUCCUCUUCUAGAAACACCAAUCUUGUACCCAUAUAUAAGAAAAAAAAAGAAACAGUAAUUCUAAAUGUAUGAAAUCUGAGACUUUAGAGAGAAAGAAAAUGAAAAGAAGCUGAAGGUUUUUGCCUUUUCAAAGAUGUUAUCAAUAUUUGUAAAAUGAAAUGGUUCCACUGGGAAUCCCAGUUAGUAUUGUAACUUUUUGCUUGUGAGGAACUGACAUUAUUGCUUUCCUUUUGAAAAACUGAAGUUGUAAAUGAUCAAAUACAAAAUCAUUGUAAGUUUUUAAUUUGUUAGUGACAGUUCCCACCAAAGUUAGCCCACUAGCUGAUUUAGGCUCCUAGUUGAAAUGGUUUCACUUCAUGUGUAAUACUUAUGUUUAUGCCAAUGUAAAACAAAUUAAAUAAAAUUAAGAAAAUUAUUCUUUGUUUGCAUCAGGCAAGCAGAAAUUUACUAUCA